AUGUUCUUUAUGGCGGAGAUGCAGCGGUACGAUGGAUGGUACAACAAUUUGGCGCAUCCGCGCUGGGGCUCCACUGAAAGUCACCUGACCCGGAAAGCGCCUCCAUCGUACUCUGACGGCGUGUACAUGAUGGCUGGCGAGGAUCGACCCAGUCCGCGGGACCUGUCGCAAGCCUUGAUGAAGGGCGAGGAUGGAAAGGCUUCCGCUCGCAACCUCACCGUCCUCUUUGCCCUUUUUGGCCAAAUGGUAUCAUCGGAGAUCUUGAUGGCCAGCGAGCCGGGCUGCCCCAUUGAGAUGCACCGCAUCAAGAUUGCCAAGUGCGAUGAGAUGUUCGAUCGGGACUGCCGCGGCGGACGGACGAUGCCCUUUCACCGGGCCACCUACGACCCGAGGACCGGCCAGUCGCCCAACAAUCCACGAGAACAGCUAAACAUGGUGACCAGCUGGAUCGACGGCAGCUUCAUCUACAGCACCUCGGAGACGUGGCUCAAUGCGAUGCGCACCUUUGAGAAUGGCACCUUCCGAACUGAUGCGACCGGCGGCUUUCCGCCUCGGAAUCGAGACCGCGUUCCCUUGGUCAACUCGCCGCCCGCCCACCACCUCAAAAUGUCCGCCCCGGAGAGGAUGUACUUGCUGGGCGACCCUCGCACCAACCAGAAUCCGGUCAUUCUCGCCUUUGGCAUUCUCAUGUUCCGCUGGCACAAUGUCCUCGCCAGGCGGGUGCAGUCGGAGCAUCCCGACUGGUCAGACGAGGACAUCUUCCAGCGCACUCGACGUCUGGUCAUUGCUAGUCUACAAAACAUAAUCCUCUACGAGUACCUGGAGACGCUGUUUGAUGAGCCAAUGCCGCCCUACGGCGGCUACAAGCCUGACGUCCACCCGGGCAUUAGUCAUGUCUUCCAGUCGGCGGCCUUCCGCUUCGGCCACACGAUGAUCCCUCCUGGUCUGUACCGGCGAGACGCCAAGUGCAACUUUCUCAAGACGCCCAGUGGCCACGAUGGCAUUCGCCUCUGUUCCACCUGGUGGGACGCUGUGGGCGUCCUGCCGAAUGCCGGCCUCGAAGAGCUUAUCAUGGGUCUCUCCUCGCAGAUUGCCGAGCGAGAAGACUCUGUCCUCUGUUCGGAUGUUCGAGACAAACUCUUUGGACCGCUGGACUUUAGCCGGCGCGACCUGGCGGCGCUGAACAUCAUGCGCGGCCGUGACAACGGCCUCGCCGACUACAACACCAUCCGCCGGUACUUUGGCCUGCCCGCCCUCUCCAACUGGUCGCAGAUCAAUCCGUCGCUGUACGAGCGGGCGCCAGUCCUUUUUGAAACGCUCGCCCGUCUCUAUGACAACAACCUCGACAAUGUGGACGUCUACGUGGGCGGCAUGGUCGAGUCGGAGCUGGAGACGGGGCGGCCGGGGCCCCUCUUUCGGGCCGUCAUCAAGGAGCAGUUUGAGCGCAUUCGCGACGCGGACCGCUUCUGGUUCGAGAAUGAGCACAAUGGCAUCUUCAGCCGCGAGGAGAUUGAGGAGAUUCGGAAGAUCAAGCUCUGGGACAUUAUCAUCAACUCGACGACGGUGCCGGUGGGGGCGAUUCAGCGAGAUGUGUUCCUAUUUCGACCCAACGACCCCUGUCCGCAGCCGAAGCAGAUGACCAGCAAGGUGCUGGAGAACUGUCUGGUGUUGGCCGGGUGGAAUUACUUUCACGGCAGUGAGCUGCCCUACAUUAUGGUCAUUCUGCUGUUGGUUUUUAUUCCAAUGGCCGUCGCGGUGAUGGGCUACGCGGUGAUCAAGCUGAACAACAAACGGCGGCGGAAGAUUAAGCAGCAGCGAGAGUCGGUGACCAAGAAAAAUUACGAUAAGCUUUACGUCCGCGAAUGGCUCCACCAAAAUCACAAACGCUACGUGAAGGUGAAAAUCGGCCCCGACCAGUCGAUCAGCACGGUGAACCGAAAGAGCGAGACACUGCGAAAGAUCGUCAUCCAGGACACCUCCUCGCUGCUGGUGGAGGUGACGCAGGACUCCACCAAGCCGAUGAUCCUCAUUCGGGCGCCACGAGACCACGACCUGGUGCUGCAGUUUGAGAACAACGGCUCUCGGAAGAAGUUUCUCACCAAGCUCGAAUCUUUCCUCCUGAACCACAAGAAGACGCUGGAGAUCAUUCACACGUACCGCGAUGUGAUGCUCGCCAAUGCGGAGACGAAGGAGAAGCGGCAGAAGCGGCUGGAGCACUUUUUCCGCGAGGCUUACGCUCUGACCUUUGGCCUAAAGCCGGGGGAGAAACGAAAGUUCGAGGACGUCAGCAAUGAUGUGAUCAUGGUGAUGCGCACCUCCCUCUCAAAGAAGGAGUUUGCCGAGGCGCUGGGCAUGAAGGCCGAUUCCCUUUUCGUCAAGCAGAUGUUCAACUGCGUGGACAAGGACAAUGACGGGCGGAUCAGUUUUCAGGAGUUCCUCGACACGGUGGUGCUCUUCUCCCGCGGCAAGACCGACAACAAGCUGCGCAUCUUCUUUGACAUGUGCGACCACGACGGCAACGGCGUCAUCGACAAGACGGAGUUCACCAAGAUGAUGCGCUCGCUGGUGGACAUUGCCAAGACGAAUACGAUGACGGAGGACGAGGUGGUGGAGCUGAUUGACGGCAUGUUUGCCAGCUCCGGUCUGGAGGACAAGGAGGUGCUCACCUACCAGGACUUUAAGGUGAUGAUGAGCGAGUAUCGGGGCGAUAUGAUCGCCAUUGGCCUCGACUGCAAAGGGGCCAAGCAGAACUUUCUGGACACGUCGACGAACAUUGCGCGGAUGACCAGUUUCCAAAUCUCAGCUUACCAAGAUCCGGAGCCGAAUCUGAUCAUCCGCAAGUGGAACCACUUUAUCACCUACCUGGAGGAGAACCGCCAGCCGAUCGUCUACCUCUUUAUCUUCUUUGUGGCCACCUUUGUCCUCUUUCUGGAGCGUUUCAUCACCUACAGCUACCUGAGUGAGCACAUGGACUUGAGGCAUGUAAUGGGCUACGGAAUUGCAAUUACCCGAGGCUCGGCAGCAUCGCUCUCCUUUUGCUACUCGCUCCUUCUGCUGACGAUGUGCCGCAAUCUGAUCACCAAGAUUCGGGAGAUUCCUCUGCACCAGUACAUUCCACUGGAUUCGCAUGUGCAGUUUCACAAGAUUGUCGCCCUGACGGGACUUUUCUUUACUGUGGUCCACACCAUCGGCCAUUGCGUCAACUUCUACCACGUCUCGACGCAACCAGUGGAACAUCUCCGGUGUCUGACAAAGGAGUUACAGUUUGAAUCGGACGCGAAGCCCACUUUUAGCUACUGGAUCUUUGGCACGGUCACUGGGCUGACCGGUGUCCUCCUGGUGGCCAUCAUCGCCGUCAUCUUCAUCUUUGCCCACCCGCGCAUUCGCCAGAAGGCGUACAGCUACUUCUGGAUGACGCAUUCGCUGUACAUUCUCCUCUACAUCUUCAUGUUCAUUCACGGGCUGGCGAAGAUUACUGGGGAGCCCAAAUUCUGGAUGUUCUUCAUCGUCCCGGGCGUCAUCUUCAUCCUCGACAAGAUUGUCAGCCUGCAGACCAAGUACAUGGAGCUGGACAUUCUGGAGACGGAUCUGCUGCCUUCAGACGUGACCAAGGUCAAGUUCUCCCGUCCGCCCAACUUCAAGUACCUCUCCGGACAGUGGGUGCGCCUCUGCUGCACCGCCUUCCGCUCCAGCGAGUACCACUCUCUGACGCUGACUUCCGCUCCGCAUGAAAAUUACCUUUCGGUGCACGUCAAGGCCCAGGGCCCGUGGACGUGGAAGCUUCGCAACUAUUUUGACCCAAACAACUUUAUCAACAUUGUGCCCGACUCGCUGCCGCCGAAGAUUCGCCUGGAGGGGCCUUUUGGCGGUGGUAACCAGGACUGGUACAAGUACGAGGUGGCGGUGAUGGUGGGCGGCGGCAUUGGCGUCACCCCUUACGCCUCCAUCCUCAACGACCUCGUCUUUGGCACCUCUACCAAUCGGUACUCGGGAGUGGCCUGUAAAAAGGUGUACUUCCUCUGGAUCUGCCCCUCCCAUCGCCACUUUGAGUGGUUCAUCGACGUGCUGCGCGACGUGGAGCGGAAGGACGUGACGCAGGUGCUGGAGGUGCAUAUCUUCAUCACGCAGUUCUUCCACAAGUUUGACCUGAGGACGACGAUGCUUUACAUUUGUGAAAAUCACUUUCAGCGCAUCUCCCAGCGGAGCAUGUUCACCGGGCUGAAGGCGAUCAAUCACUUUGGCCGCCCUGAUAUGAUCGCCUUUCUCAAGUUUGUGCAGAACCAGCACUCCUAUGUGAGCAAAGUUGGCGUCUUCAGCUGCGGCCCCUCGGCGCUGACCAAGUCGAUCAGCAAGGCCUGCGAGACGGUGAACAACCGCCGCAAGUUGCCCUACUUCAUUCACCAGUUUGAGAACUUUGGCUAA